UACCAACCAGACUCCAUGGCAAGCUUACUCAUCCCUUACUUGUCUCUUAAUAACUUUCCAAUUUCAUGCCAAAAACAUGAUUCUGCCAUUUCCUUUAAAUCACACCUCAUUCCUACCCUUUUACCUUGUCACAUUUCCAACAUGGCAACUCCUGCUCCCUCUUCAGAACAUAUUUUCCGAAGCCGGUUUCCGGCUGUUCCGGUACCCGAGAACGUGACAAUUCCCGAAUUUGUCCUCCAGGAUGCUGAGUUGUAUGCAGACAAGGUGGCAUUUGUUGAGGCUGUGACAGGAAAAUCUUAUACUUAUGGUGAGGUGGCUAAUGAAAGUAGAAGAUUUGCCAAGGCAUUAAGGUCUAUUGGGCUGCGGAAAGGUGAAGUAGUGAUUGUUGUGCUGCCAAAUGUGGCGGAAUACGGGAUUGUGGUGCUCGGAAUUAUGGCCGCAGGCGGGGUUGUUUCCGGUGCUAAUCCUGCCGGACAUGAAUCUGAAAUUAAGAAGCAGGUUGAUGCUGCUAAUGCUAAGCUGAUUGUCACAAAUGAUGCUCACUAUGGCAAGGUAAAAGAUCUAGAGGUACCAGUAAUCGUGAUGGGCGAAACAAGCAACACAAGAGCCAUGAAUUGGACGGAGCUCCUCAUCGCAGCCGAUCGCGCAAGCGACAAAAUCGUGCACGAGCCAGUAUACCAAACCGACCUCUGCGCACUCCCAUUCUCGUCAGGCACAACAGGAUUAUCAAAAGGCGUAAUGCUGAGUCACAGAAACCUGGUAGCCAAUCUCUGCUCAACUCUGUUCAGCGUCGGACCGGAAAUGAUCGGUCAGGUUACUACAUUAGGCCUGAUUCCGUUUUUUCACAUCUACGGGAUCACCGGAAUAUGUUUUGCUACGCUGAGGAAUAAGGGGAAAGUGGUUGUGAUGAAUCGGUUUGAGCUCAGGACUUUUCUGAAUGCUCUGAUUACUCAGGAGGUCACAUUUGCUCCGAUUGUGCCGCCGAUUAUUUUGGCUCUGGUUAAGAAUCCGAUUGUCGAUGAGUUUGAUCUGAGUAAGCUUAAACUUAGGGCUAUUAUGACUGCGGCGGCGCCGCUUGCUCCGGAGCUGCUUAUAGCUUUUGAAAAUAAGUUUCCUGGCGUUCAGGUUCAGGAGGCUUAUGGACUGACUGAGCAUAGUUGCAUAACACUGAGUCAUGGCGAUCCAGAGAAAGGACAUGGCAUUGCUAAGAAGAACUCAGUAGGAUUCAUCCUCCCCAAUUUGGAAGUCAAGUUCAUAGACCCAGACACAGGCCGAUCUCUACCAAACAACACUAAUGGUGAAGUUUGUGUUCGAAGCAAAUGUGUUAUGCUAGGUUACUAUAACAAUAAGGAAGAGACCGAUAGGACUAUUGACAAGGAUGGAUGGCUGCAUACCGGCGACAUUGGGUUCAUCGACGAUGAUGGCGAUGUUUUCAUCGUUGAUCGUAUCAAAGAAUUAAUUAAGUACAAAGGCUUUCAAGUAGCUCCGGCCGAGUUAGAGGCUAUCCUCCUUACUCAUCCCUCAGUUGAAGAUGCAGCUGUAGUGCCGCUACCAAAUGAAGAAGCAGGGGAGAUACCAGCAGCAUGGGUAGUGAUAAAUGAAGAAUCAAAAGAAAGUGAAGAAGAUAUCAUCAACUUUGUGGCCAAUAAUGUUGCACAUUACAAGAGAAUAAGAGUGGUACAAUUUGUGGACAAUAUACCAAAAUCACCCUCGGGUAAAAUUAUGAGGAGGGUAAUUAAGGAAAAGAUGGUUGAGAAGAUGAAAGCUCAAAUUAGUCCCUAAACUUUAUUUAUUUUCUCUUUUUCAAUUACUCUUUUUUAUAAGAGAUUAAUGUUUGCCUAAUAAUGAUGUUUAUUGGCUAUUUUUAUUCAUAAUCAAUCACACUUUCUUCUUUUUA